GCUCGGCCCGGCCGUGCCAGGAGUGGGACGUGCGGCCAGGCUGCCGCCCCGGUCACCACCCUCCUCCCGGCGGGACGGGGACAAGCAUCGGGACGCCCGGACGGGUCUCUCGGGAGCUGGGCACCCCCCGCGCCCGGACCCCUCUGUCCCGCCGCCGGCAUGGCCCAGCGGGGACAGGGAGCGGCCCGCAAAGCCUCCAAGAAGCCUGCAAAGGAGCCAGCAGCAGCAAGGGCGCCCGACAUGGAUUCCCUGGGCUUCCAAGCCAUGGACAGCAAUGUGCCGGGGCUGUCCCACGUCAUCCUCCAGAAGCUCAACAUGAAGAGCUACGAGGACUACAAAUCUGCCAUGGACGGGAGGAAGAGGGGCAGUGACUUCGGCAUCCGGACCUACUUUGACAUGUUCCAGAAGAUGGAGGACACGUUCAAGUUCUGCGCCGAGUGCAAGAAGCUCCCCGAUGCCCUCCCUGACCCCAAAAGUCUCCGCCGAUGCAAGAGAUGCCAGAACGUGUACUACUGCGGCGUGGCGUGCCAGCGUGCCAACUGGCCUCUGCACAAGAAGUUCUGCAAGAAGCUGAAGCUGGUGGCCCUGGACCGGCUGGUGGAGUGGCUCGUCUUCACAGGUGACAUUCCCUUCCCCACGGAGGCCUGGACAAAACCCGCCGGGGACGUGGCAGGCUGGGAGGACUGGUUCGCCAUGCAGGGGCAGCUGGAGGAGAAGCUGGGCGCUGUCCUGGCCGGGCGCUACAUGAGCCUCCUCUGGGCCAACGCGGGGAAGCCCCGGCCGGAGGAGGGAGAGCUGCGUGAGUCCGUCCGGCGCCUCGUCACCGACUUCCACUCGCGGCCGCUCACCAUCGGCCUGGGGCUGCGGCUCUUUGGCCUCGACCCCCUGGCCAAGCCCCUCACCAUCCACGUGGUGGGGGCGUCCCACGUGGAGACCCUCAACACCCGGGUGACGGACUACGACGAGCUGGCGCGGAUGUUCCCGGGGCAGCAGGGCAUGGAGGUGGUGAUGGUGGGGGUGGAUGUGGUGGACGGGCCCAUCAUGAGGCCCCCCCUGGCCACGCCAGGGCCGCAGGGGAGGAUCUAUCUCAGCAGCUUCAAGGGCCUGUACCACGACUUCUGGGAAGGGCAGGUGGAGACCAAGCUGGCCGCCCGCCCCGACCUGGUGGUGGGCUUCCACCCGGGUUUCCACGCCUGCCCGGACCUCAUGGCAGGCUGGCUGCCCACGCUGCUGCUGCUGCGGGACUACCGCCUGCCCACCCUCUUCACCGUCUACAGCGAGCAGGAGCUGAAGUCCUCGCUGCAGAUCCUGGUGGAGCUGGAGACGCACAUCACGGGCUACGCCGCCAACCCCUUCGCCUCCCUGCGGCCCGAGCAGGUCUACUCCAGCCCCAACAAGGCGCCCGUCUACUGCAGCUCCUACUACAUCACCCUGCUGGGGCCGGCCGCCUCUGUCGGGGAGCUGGAGGGCGGCAGCGAUGACGACUAGCAGGGAAGGGAGCCGGGUUCCUCCGGAGGCAUCGGUGAGCUCCCCAGCCCGACCCACCUCCUCUGGCCCACCCCACAAACCCCGACCCCCGUGCUGCCCAUCCCAGCUGGCGUCCAGCGUGUGCCACGUGCCAAGGAGGGACGUGGCGAUGGUGCAGGUUCAGCUCUCCUCUGCAGAGCCCAAUAAAGCGCCGCUGGGAGCCA